AUGGCAGCAUGCGGUUUUAAUUUCGAAACCUUCUUCAACAUCGUCAACGGCGGGCGCCGUGUUUCCGAUAAAACAACCUUCAGCAUUGACCCCUCUACAGAGUGCAGGCUAUGGGAGGUGCCUGUGGCCACGCCGCAUGAUGUCGAGGAUGCUGUGAAAUUUGCGAACGACGCAUUUAAAAAUUGGUCCACCACACCUUUUGAGCAGCGAGUGAGCAAGAUAUCUCAGUGGAAACAGCUCUAUGAGCAGCAUGUCGAAGACUUCACCAAGCUGCUCAUGGCAGAGUGCGGCAAGCCACGCUUCAUAGCGGCUGGCGAAGCGAACGAGGUCCUCGCUCUCUUCGACCACAACCUGCAGCUUCGAAUUCCGGAGGAGCGGAUUGAGGAUGAUACGCGCAUCGCCAUCACGCGCCAUGUGCCCGUCGGAGUCGUCGCUGCCAUCUGCCCGUGGAACUUUCCUCUUGUUUUGUCCGUCGGCAAGAUCCUGCCGGCAUUAUUGACCGGAUGCUCGAUCAUCGUUAAGCCGUCCCCAUUUACCCCGUACUCGGCACUUAAGAUGGUUGAGCUGGCGCAGAAUAUCUUCCCUCCCGGUGUCGUUCAGGUGAUUGGUGGCGAUGACUCUAUCGGCCCAGCACUAGUCGAUCACCCCAAUGUCAACAAAAUCAGCUUCACAGGGUCCAGUACAACGGGCAAGAGGAUCAUGGCCUCGGCGGCCGGGACACUGAAGCGAGUGACUUUGGAAUUGGGCGGUAACGAUCCGGCGAUCAUCUACCCGGACGUGGAUAUUGAGAAAACGGCUCCCGAAGUGGCACAGGGAUGCUUUGUAUUCUCCGGUCAAGUGUGUGUCGCCACGAAGAGAGUCUAUGUGCACGAGUCCAUUUAUGAGCCAUUCUUGAAAGCCAUGGUGAACGCGACCUCCCGGAUCGAGGUGGGUAAGGCCGACAGCCCGAGUACCACGAUGGGGCCGAUGCAGAACAAAAUGCAAUAUGAGAAAGUCCAGGACCUGGUGGCCGACAGCACAACCCAGGGCUACAAGUUUGCCCUCGCCCCGCGCCCUAUUACUUUCGGCAAAGGCUACUAUCUCUCUCCGAGCAUCGUCGACAACCCACCCGCGACGGCACGAAUCGUCGUUGAAGAGCAGUUCGGCCCGAUCGUGCCAGUCCUCAAAUGGUCGGAUGAAGCGGACGUCAUCGCCCAGGCCAAUGGAACCACUUCAGGCUUGGGGGCAUCCGUGUGGAGUGCCGAUAUCUCUCGCGCCGAACGGGUUGGUAGACAGAUGCAGGCAGGGAGUGUGUUUGUGAAUUCGUGGGCGAAGACGACGCCGCGGGCGAUGUUAUCGGGACACAAGGAGAGCGGAAUCGGGGGGGAGUGGGGUUCCCUUGGGUUCCUUGAGUACUGUAAUACGCAAGUUGUGCAUGUCUUCAAAUAA